AUGUCCCACACUCAGCCUUCGCCUACCGCUGUGGUUGGCCCCCACCACAUGGCGGCCGCGCAUCCCGCCGCGCACCCUCAGGUCAACGGCCACAUGCCCGCCAUCCCAGCGCAAGCUCAGAAGGGAGUCCCAAUGACCACUGCCCAGAAGAUUGCUACGUUGAAUGAGCAGGUCUGGCUCUCAAUCGGGAGCUUAACCGAACUGAUGGGAGAUCUCGAUGGCGCCAUGACUUCUUACGAGCAGGCUUUGCGUCACAACCAAUGGUCUAUUCCCGCUAUGAAUGCCAUCUCCUGCAUCCUUCGCACCAAGGAGCUAUUCCCCAAAGCGAUCGAGUACCUUCAAAACAUCCUCAAGCUGGAUCCCACCAAUGGAGAGACCUGGGGUAGCCUGGGUCACUGCCAUCUGAUGAUGGAUAACCUGCAGGAGGCCUACACAUCCUACCAGCAGGCUUUGUAUCACCUGCGCGACCCGAAGGAACCGAAGCUGUGGUAUGGCAUCGGAAUACUAUAUGAUCGCUACGGUUCUCUCGACCAUGCCGAGGAGGCUUUCUCCCAGGUCAUGCGCAUGGCUCCCGAAUUCGAAAAGGCCAACGAAAUAUAUUUCCGCCUCGGCAUCAUAUACAAGCAGCAGCAAAAGUUCCAGCAGAGUUUGGAGUGUUUCAAGUUCAUUGUCAACGAGCCGCCUCGUCCCUUGACCGAGGAGGAUAUCUGGUUCCAAAUUGGCCACGUUCACGAACAGCAGAAGGAUUUCGAGUCUGCUCAAGCUGCUUACCGUCGCGUUCUCGACCGGGAUCCCAACCACGCCAAGGUUCUCCAACAGCUGGGUUGGCUCUACCACCAGCAGAGCAACAGCUACGCCAGCCAGGACAAGGCUAUCGAGUUCUUGGAGAAGUCUGUUAGCGCAGAUAACAACGAUUCCCAGAGCUGGUAUCUUCUCGGUCGCUGCUACAUGUCGCAGGCCAAGUACCCCAAGGCCUACGAAGCCUAUCAGCAGGCCGUCUACCGGGACGGUCGUAACCCCACAUUCUGGUGCUCGAUUGGUGUUCUUUACUACCAAAUCAACCAGUACCGCGAUGCGCUCGAUGCCUACUCUCGUGCUAUUCGCUUGAACCCCUACAUCUCCGAGGUGUGGUAUGAUCUGGGUACUCUUUACGAGUCUUGCAACAACCAGAUCGCCGACGCUCUCGAUGCCUAUGGACGUGCAGCGGACCUUGAUCCGACCAAUGUCCACAUCAAGGCUCGUCUGCAGCUGCUCCAGAGUCAACUGUCAGGCUCUGGUCAGCAAGGUAAUGCCCCGGCACCUCAGCCGCAGGAUGUCCACCCCCAGGCCUACCAGGCUCCCGGUGUGGGUGCUCCCCCAGCUCCUCAAUGGGGUGCUCCCGCUCCGGUCGGCCCAACUCCCCAGGCUCCCGCUCCGCCUCGACAGAUCGCAGAUUGGAACCGUGGUAUCAAUGACAUCCAGUCGCAGCCAUCGGUUCCUCUGGCCAACGGUGUGGAACCGCGCGAUGCCGUCCGCGCUCCGGGCGCUCCUCCGCAGACCAGCCCUCGUCAAGAGCCUGGUCGGGCCUUCCCUGAUCCUCGCGGUGGUGCUCUUCCCCGUUCGCCCAAGAUGGGUGGACCCGGUGCCUAUCCGCCUGUCCACACCCUGCCCCAGCUGGGAAACGCGCCGGCCUCUGGUCAUGAACGUGCUCCCAGUAGCGGCUUCGGCCGAGGAGGACCUCUUCCCCCUGCUCCUGGUGGCGCCCCGGCUCCCGCUCCUGCUGGUCCCAACGGCGGCGCGGCUAGCAGUGGCGCUGCUCCCUACCACCGUCCUUUCACUCCUCCCACUGAGAUUCGGCCCAUCCGCGAUGAGCGACCUUCUUCGCCCGGCUCGACUUACCCCCACCAACAGUACCACCACGGCCCUAGCGCGCCGGCUGCGAGUAACAACUCCACUGGUAUAGCUUCGGGCGCCCCUGCGCCCGCGGCGGCGGCGGCCGCUGCUGACGCCGCUGCUCGUGAGCGUGGUGAGGACCGCCCCACCUCUGCGAUGAAGCGUGGCCGUGAAUGGGAGAGUGAGGGUCCUGUGAAGAAGCAGGCCAACGAUGAGAACCGUGCACGAAUGGACGAUCAGAACUCCCGCCGUGCCAGCCCCCCUGCUCGCUUGCCGUCUCCUGGUGAGAUGCAGCGACGCAGCUCCUCGGAGGCCCGCCGUGAGGAUGCCCGUCGUGCCAACGACAACUACCACCCCUCAGAGGCUGCCCAUCACCCCCCUUCUCUCCCAUCUAUCCAGAACAUGCCACCCCACCCCUCUACCGGACCCAGUCUUCCUCCCAUGGCGGAGGGCUCCGCUCCUCCAUCAAACGGACCCCCUUCGGCUCCUCCUUCGGCCAAUACCCCGGUCAAGGAAGAAGCUCCUCGUCCCGAAGCGCCUGCCUCUCACGAGCCUCCGGCUCGGAAGAUGGACGUCGAUGAGGAUUAUGAUGACGAGCCUGAUGAGGAGAAGAAGGCUGGUGCUGCGGCAAAGGGCAGCCCCAACGGUAACAGCACCGAAUCGGCCAAUGGCAAUGGAGUUGCCAGCAACGGUCGCCAGGGUACGCCUUCGAAGACUGAGUCUUCGGCGUAA